AUGGCUCAUGCUAGGGAGAGUCAACACCCCGGGAAUCUGGCUGACUUUGGGAACUCUUCGCGGAAACGGAAGCUGUCUGGAGCUGCUUCGACGUCCACGCCGAAACAACUUACCCUCAACUUUGCAAGCGGGCGGGUGCCUCAAAAGCAGCUGGACAGCCUGAUUGUGAAUUUUGUUGUAGAUUCCCUGCAACCUUUCUCUGUCGUCGAGGCUCCCAGUUUCGUUAAACUUGUGGAUACCUUGGCCCCUGAAAACACGGUACCAACACGGAGAAUGCUGAUGGCGAGAAUCGACGAGAGAUACGAAGAAAUGAAGACAAGCCUGCGGAAAGCUUUCGACGAGGUUCCUUGCGUCACUGCGACCGCCGACUGCUGGACAUCGUUCCGACGGUGCUAUCUGGCAGCGACAGUUUCUUGGCUCGAGCCGGCUUCCCUGAAGAGGAACUCUGCAGUACUGAUCUGCCAAAGAAUGACGGGCAGCGUCACGCACGACAAGAUUGCAGACCUUCUUCUGGAGGUUUUCAAGGAGUACGGCCUUGAAGGAAAAGUCACCAAGGUCGUGACCGACAAUGGAUCCAAUUUUGUAAAAGCCUUCAGGUAA